AUGGAAAAAUCCACUGGGUAUUCUACGUUGUUACGGAAUUUGAGGUUCUCAACAAGCCCUCAAGUUGUGCGUGAGGCCUUUGAAAAAUUCGGGAAAAUUAGAGACGUUUACCUACCGCUAGAUUUUAAUACCAGAAGACCGAGAGGCUUUGGAUUCGUUGAAUUUUAUGAUAAAGCAGACGCUCUUGACGCCGUUCGCGCCAUGGAUAACACUGAACUCGACGGCAGCGUUAUCACCUGUUGCAUAGCCCAAGACCGGAGGAAAUCUCCAAGCUCCAUGAGAAGGUUCCAAAGAAACCGUUCCAGAAGGGAUUAUAGGAGUAGGAGUCGGAGCUACCGUGGCAGAUCUAGAUCUCCCGCAAGGUUCAGAGAUGAUCGACGCCGUGGGUACUCUCGUGACAGAUCACCGAGGCGCCAUUAUGAUCGCCGUGACAAUCGCGGCUACAGAGAUAGAUAUGACUCCGAUCACCCUAAGGACGGGCGUAGAUUCAGAGAUCGCGACUUCCAUGACAGAGAUAGGGAUAGAAAUUACCGUAGCUACAGAGACAAUGGUCGAACCGAUCGCGAGGACUUUAGGGAUGAUCGUGAGGAUUUCCGUGACGGCCGGGACGACUUCAGGGAAGAGAAACCCAGAUACGAUGAUCGCCAGUUUGACGUUGAUAUGGAUAAAGAUAAACUUGAUAACCAUAACGAUGACUACCGAGACUAUAGUCCGUCAAGGUCUAGGUCUAACCCUUAA